AUGGUUGUAGAGGUUGGUGCUGCUGGAGAGGCAUCGCUCGGCAGGCGACAAGCGCAGGUGCAACAAGACACCAGAGGUGCAAACUCGGAACCAGCGCACGUCGUCUCGGGGGGACGUGCUCAAGACUCGACAGCAUCCGUAGCGCAAGCUUCGGUCCAGGAGGAGAGGACGUCGCCACUGGGCGCAGAAUUGAACGAGCUGGAGCGAGCAAACGGUGAACUCGAAAAGACUGUGAACGAAUAUGGCUCUUUAAUAGAGCGUUACACGAAACUUCAGCAGCAGCUAUGCCAGCUGGCAGCAAAGCAACAGAAGCGACUUGUACACUUAGAACGGACCCUUGCCAACCAGCGGGAGACGAUGCGGCCUCGGAACAACUCGCCGGACUUGCGGCAAGAGACACGCGCUGUGCUCGAACGCUCCCGGAAACUAUUACGGGAGCGGGUCGAGCCGCUUCUCCCCUCUGACGGUGGCUGGUUUGUGCGUCUCUUUCUGGGCACUAUCAACGUGCGCUUUAUGGAUAAGCGAACACGACUCUCAUUCAAGCGCGAGUACGAGCAGUUCAAGCAGCAAACGGCCCCGGCGCUGGUCAUUGCUUCUGUGGUCUGUCUGCUGUGGACGUCGUCACGGUGGCCAAGCCUGCUUCUCCAAAUGUUCAUCGCCUAUUAUUACAGCGCUCUAGCUCUGAGAGAAAGUGUUCUAGUCGCGAACGGCUCAAAUAUUCGACGCUGGUGGCGUCUACAUCAUUACCUGAGUCUGGUACUUGCCGUUGUCGUGCUCACCUGGCCGGAUGGGGAAGCGUAUGCAGAAUUCCGAGGCGAAAUCCAUUUUCUUGGACUCUACCUGUCGCUGCUACAGAUUUUGCAAGCUCGUUAUCAGAUGUCGCGAUUAUAUACGCUGCGCUCGCUUGGCAAGGCAGGUGAACUGGACGUGGCAAACACCGACUCGCCAGCGCAGUUACACUGGGGCGCAAAUAUGUCGCUAUUGCUACCAGCUAUUCUGGUAGCGCACGCGCUGCAAGCGUGGACUGCUGUCCGGGCGUUUCAGGUGUAUUUCAAAUACCCGCGUGUUGCGCAAGCGCUUCUUGGUGGCACAAUCACCCUCAUUACGUGUAUUGGAAACGUGGUGACGACUUUCCGCACGCUGAGAGAGAAAGCCGUCUUGUCUGGUCAGCACGCUUCGAGCUAA